UGAUGGAUUUGUUGAUGCCCUGACUUGAUUGUAAGGUCAGAAUAUCUGAGGACAAUUGCUAUGCAUUCCUAUCUUGUGGAAAAAUAUGACAUCUAUGAUUUAAUUAUGAUUUGCAGUGGUGUAUUAGAUCUGGUAUGACUCAUUUUAAGUCAAAAACCUACUUUCAAAAUUAUGGUCAGCUAACAUUUGCACAUAUAUGCCACAGGAUGGCAGUAGUAGUACUUACUAGAACUGUCUUCGAAAUCUUCGAAAACACGUAAAAAUACAGUUUAUGGAAUGCCACUAUAGCGUCGUGUAAAGCAUUUCACAAUGAGCUGAUCUACUUUAUUACUUUAUUUACUUCCUGCUGUGAUUCGUGCAAACUACGUUGUUGCUGGCUACUUCGCUGCUGACGAAGAUCGAACUAUUGGUGGGCUACUUGAAAUCACAAAAUAUCUCGCAGCAUUGUAUUCAAAUGCCACGUCUUGAAUACCACUCGUGGACAUCAUAAGAUUCGAUUUGAUUGCUCUUAUCCUCCUGAGCCGCGUCUACAGUGACGGAGUGCAACAUGCCUCUUGUAGAGUUUGUUGCAGGAUGGCUUUCAGGUGCAGUAGGAUUGGCUGUGGGACACCCAAUGGACACAGUAAAGGUACGCAUUCAGACCCAGUCCAAGUACAAAGGAAUACUUGAUUGUGUCUUCAGGACAUAUACUCACGAGGGGAUCCCUGGCUUUUUUAAGGGCAUGGCAUUCCCUGUCUUGACUGUUGCCAUCAGCAAUUCAGUGGUCUUUGGUUCCUAUAGCAACGCCUUGGAUUACCUCACUCAGUCUGAAAGGAAUGAUCGCAGCCAAGGCAACCAGGCAUCUGCAGCUGCUGUCUUUACAGCUGGAUGCUUCUCAGGUGUUGCACAGGUGUUAGUGACAGCUCCCAUUGACCUGGUGAAAGUACGCCUGCAGAGCCAGACUAAAGGAAGGGCUGGUUUAGGAGGCGAUCGAUACAGAGGCCCCAUGCACUGCGUGGCCACCAUCCUGAGGGAGGAGGGAGGCAGGGGACUCUUCAGGGGAAUGUGGGCUCUGGCGCUGAGGGACGUGCCCUGCUAUGGACUCUACUUCCUGCCCUACGAGCUGACUGUCAGGUGGCUGUCUGACCAAGGCAAACAACCAGGUACCUUUGCCGUGUUAAUGGCGGGCGGUGUGGCCGGCGUGGUGACGUGGGCCUUUGCCACCCCCAUGGACGUGGUGAAGGCCAGGUUGCAAAUGGUUGGGGCGGGGGGCCGGGCCUACCGGGGGGUGCUGCACUGCAUCACCGAGAGCGUACGUGAGGAGGGCGUCCGGGUCUUCUUCAAGGGCCUGCUCCUCAACAGCCUCAGGGCGUUCCCGGUCAACGCGGUCACCUUCCUCAGCUACGAAAGCCUCAUGAGGGCCCUAACAUCGGGACCAGACGGCUCUCGCCGCUGAAACGGCCAUCAGGCUGGUCCUUCCCUCUUUUACCGUCAGAUGAGCCGUAUCUGUGGAUAGUACUUCCUUAACACCCCACCGCACUCAGUCGCUUAUUCACAGUCAGUGGCCAAAUGGGACUUGCAUACUUGUGUUUUUAACAGUGCUGUGAUUCGGUCACUCCAUUCUGUUUGGUCUGCUGCACUCUCUUUGUGCACUCGCUAGCAUCAGUAAGAGGAUGUACAGCGAAGAACAGAACUCUGUAAGUCAGUACUGAUCUAUUCCAGGUGAGUGGUCUGUGAGAAACUACACCGUGAAAAUGAUUUAUGGCUGAAUAAACUGAGAACAUACAGGAAGGAAUGUUAAAAGUCAGCACUGUUGUACACCAGGUGUGUAAGUCUGGCAGAGAUGGCGUUUAUAACCGACCAAACUGUACGGAAUAUCACUUGAAAAAAUACUCCAAAAGCUUACUGCUCUCUGUGGAAGAAGCAUUACUGAGCAGUGCUAUGAAUGUUUCCAGUUUCACUACCAUGUUUUUACUCUAUCAUGUAUUGAAAUAUGACAUGUAUUCUGAACAUGAACUUUUAUUAAAUAAGAGCCACACGCA